AUGGACCGGAGCCGUUCACCCUCUGCCAAAGAUGUAUCAAGUUCGAGUGGUAGCAGGCUACCUAGCUCCCUGUCCAGAUUUUCAAAUUCGAGCAAACAGUAUCAUCAAUUAAGCGGUAGCGACUUCCUUCAGGGAAUGUCUCCCAAGACGAGUUUCCAACCCAGGUAUCCAGUUGGUGGCUUCCCGCCAUCUGCUGAGAGUGUGAAAGAAACUCCAAGUUCGUCGAGUGGUAUCACAAAUCGGAGAGCCUAUGUGAAUCCGGGCCAAAUACGAUCGUCAGGUCUAAAAUACUCACUUCAAGUCCCGAAAGAGCUGUCCAGCAUUGAUAAAAUCAAUGAUCCCCAGAAAAAGUCGGUGGUGAUUGCAGGUAAAAAUCACCUCGGACUCUAUGACUUCAAUAGUAAUACCGAAGAAAUACGAUGUGUUCAUGACUAUCUUCAAAAUAACAGUGACACGUCUUCGAACAGCAUGCGGGCGUUCAAGAAGAUUAGCACCAUCUCUGACGUAAAAGCAGGAUUUCACAACCAUAAAAACUACGUUGCAAUCUGUGGUACGUCGAACUCGGUAUCCAUAUAUGACGUCAACAAAGCGAGCUCAAGUAGCGGACCCUUAGCGACUGUUCUGUCGAAACACACGAGAUCCAUCAAUAGCGUUGACUUCAACAUGUCACAAAGCAACCUGAUCAUUAGUGGUGGACAGGACGGGUGUGUGAAAGUCUGGGACCUUCGAUCCAGUCGGGGUCAUAAAAAUAUGAGCGACAUUACGAUUAACAGUGGAUCAGAUUCGGUUAGAGACGUUAAAUGGAUGCCAACUUUUGAUACCAUCAGCUACGACUCUCCAUCGGGCAUCGCCAACAGAGGCCAUAAAUUUGCGUCAAUACAUGACUCAGGUUUGUUGUUGACUUACGACAUACGCCAGCCUUCACAGGCUGAAAAGAGAAUCAAUGCACAUUCCGGGCCGGGGUUGUGUCUGAGCUGGCAUCCAUUUCAUGAGUAUAUUAUGACAGGAGGUCGAGAUGGAAAAUGCUGCUUAUGGAAUGUGGGUUUAAGAAAUCACAACUUCAUAGGCAACGGCAACGUGCACCACAAUAAUUCCUUCAGCUCUGCAAGCACGCUGCUUGCUCCCACGCAUCCCGGUAAUACAACCCUUAUCGCACCUGAGGUGAUUAUCAAUACUGCUCAUCCCCUGACAAAACUUAAGUUUCAGCCUUCGACUGUUGAAAAUGUCUUCAACUCAGUCGUUGCUUUAUCUUCUCUAGGGGAGAAUUCUGACGUAUCGCUCUACUCGCUCUCGAGGCAGUACAUUCCUAAAAAUGUUCUGACUACAACGACACCGUCUUGCGGCUUUGUAUGGUGGGAUGAGAACUUCAUUUUCAACAUCGACAAGCAGAACAUGCUUACAGGGUGGGAUUUGAAACGAGAACCCACUGUUUUAGAGAAUCUUUCCAAAAGCGUUAUAGACUGGAGGGAUAUAGAAGGAGAUGGUAUGCUCUUCAUCUCUCAGGAUAAAGGGGGAUACGAGCUCAAUCAAAAAAUCGCCAACGAAUCGCAAGCUGACCACCGCAGCAUAUCACAGAGCAAAACCAGUACCACUUCUGUGCAUAACCUCUUCUCCGGUAACAGCCUGAGGCAUAAUGCAAGUAGUUCUUCAUUCCCAGCACUCGCUUCCCAUCAUGGAUCUGGCGUUACAUUCGCUGAACGUCCGUCACACCCACGCUCCGGCACGUCAAACACUUUCAAAAGCCUCCAUGGCCAGCCAAUAGGGUCGUACAACAGUCAAAGUAACCAGCACCACAACUCCAUUGCAUCUAUGAGUACUUCCUCAACGGCAAUGGAUACUGACCCCGACUACAUUUCCCCUAAGCUCAUAAGUUUAGAUUUGCCACGCCUUCUGAAUAGGAUUAUUAGCUCCAGAACCCAAAGCUCUGUCAAUAGGUCAAACGUGGCCGACAUUUCAGCUUUAAAGGAAUCUCCUGUCGAGGUCUUUAAGUUUUUGGCGAGAGAGCUUAAGUUCUCGUAUGUGCAGGAGACACAAAACGCAAGAGACGACAAAUUGAAUGCCACUGCAUCAAAUGAGAACUUUGCUCAAAGCGAGGAUGACAUUGACAUAAAAAUACACCUGAUUAACCAGUUCGGUUUGACUGAGGAUAACACCUGGACAAAGUUCAUCAAAGAUCCACAGCGUCAGGAUACCACAGAUAUUGAGAACUCUUUCAGAUCGAAUGCUAAAGAUGUUUCGAUAUCUUCCUUGAGAAGUAAUGAAAGCUCACAAUCGGGCCUCGACAAAGCAGAUCCUUCGACACAACAGAAGGAGCAGUCCUUAGUUGAGGACGGGAGGGCUGCUCAGGCAAAGCGAAAAAUUGAACACUUCAUCGAGCUCAUAUCCAUGUGCGAUCAUAACGCCGAAACCUAUCUUUUCGUUGAAGACCUGAGUAAUUUCAAAAUCUGGAUGAUGAUGAGAGAUGCAUUACUUUGGGAUCUGAAACAGGUCGCGGACAAAUUCAAGCUGGAGGCUUUAGGCUCUCUCCCAGAGGCUGUUAAGCAAAGCUUUGUUCCAGGAACAUACGCUGUGCGCAGACCAUCAGAAGCAUCUGAAUACAGUAGUUUUAGCGCUAGUGAGAUCGCUUCAACACCGCUGCCCAACAGCUUUCCUAAACACCGCGAUUCACUUGCUCAAGACACCUUCUCGAGACCUACUUCGAGCUCAAACCUUAGAGCACAGUCGGCUUGCAAUGUUGGUGGUGACCGCAUGCUGAGCUCGAGUUCACGGCGUGCAACGCCUGAGCGCAGCUCUCUGAAAACUGGAUUGGAAGAAUUGAGAAGACGACAAUCCACUCACCCUGAAAAUAACGACAGCGCAAUCGAGGAAGAAGACGAACUUCAGCCCGAGGGUGAACAUCAAAGUCAUGCAAGCGAAGUGUUUCAGGAACACGGAAUACCGAUCGCUAACAAGGCAGGCAGAAAAAUAUCAUUCAUUGACAGCUUCAUCACAAACUUGCGUUCUCCCAAAGGCAGCCACCACGAUCGCGACCGUGACCGUGAUUCGGAAUUCAACAGAGGCACGCAUUCAUUGGGUUCAAAAAAGUCCGGACAACCCAGCUAUAGCUCUUCCUUUGUGAGUCCAGGUCCUGGCAAACAUGUUGAUAGGCCAUUGCGUUAUCAUCCAAGCAGUACUGCUAGCCUGGAUGAAAUGCCUCGCUUGCCUCAUCGGGGGUCGCUUGAGUUAGAUGAUCUUCUCGGCAUUGACUUGGAUAAAAGUCCAAACGUAAAUACCGGUGCUCAAGAGUCAAAAAUAAGUCAGAUGUUGAAGUGCUAUAAGAAAUAUGAAACCGUGCCGCCAUGGGAUUCUGCGAAAUUGAUCAAGAUGUUUUUUAAAGAAUCGGUAGAGAGUGGUAACGUUCUACUCACGAUAACCAUUAUUUUAUUAUUUCAAACAACUUUUAAUGUCACCAGCACAUUAGUGGUCAAAGAUGCUCUAGCAGAGUUUUUGAACCUGUUGCAAAAGUAUGAGUUAUUCGAGACAGCUGCUGAUCUAUUGAAGUAUUGCCCUUGGGAUGACAUUCUGGGCUCGGGAACUGGGCAAUGUACUAUUAGGAUAUAUUGCGAGAGGUGCAAAAAGUUGCUGGUAAAUGAGCGGUCUAAGGAAAACUUUAUGGAAGAACGCAAACGGACUGGAAACCCAGAUGUUAUGAAAAAAUUUGGCUAUUGGUACUGUGAUGCAUGUUCGCGGCGCAACACGCUUUGUGUUAUUUGCGAACGUCCCUUGAAGAAGCUAGCUUUGGGAGUUCUCAAUUGUGGGCAUAUGGGACACUUUGAGUGUUUACAAAAUUGGUUUAUGCAAGAAGAAAUGGAUACUUGCCCCUGCGGAUGCCCUGGGAAACUUAUAUAG